CGAGUCGCCGCCUUCUUUUCAGGAAGGUUCAACAUGGACACGGCUGGUAAAGUAAUCAAGUGUAAGGCAGCAGUAGCCUGGGAGGCUGGUAAGCCCCUGUCAGUGGAGGAGGUGGAGGUUGCACCACCCAAAGCUCAUGAAGUGCGGGUUAAGAUCCACGCCACAGGGGUGUGUCACACAGACGCCCAUACUCUGAGCGGGACGGACCCUGAGGGCGUGUUUCCUGUCAUCCUCGGGCAUGAAGGUGCAGGAACAGUGGAGAGCGUUGGGGAGGGCGUCACCAAGUUUAAGACAGGGGACACAGUCAUUCUUCUCUAUAUCCCACAGUGUGGAGAGUGCAAGUUCUGCAAAAACCCAAAAACCAACCUGUGUCAGAAAAUCAGGGUCACCCAGGGGCAGGGGCUGAUGCCUGAUCAGACGUCCCGGUUCACCUGUAAGGGUAAACCCAUCUUCCACUUCAUGGGCACCAGCACGUUCUCCGAGUACACGGUGGUGGCUGAGAUUUCGCUGGCCAAGGUGGACGAGAAAGCCCCCCUGGACAAAGUGUGUCUGCUGGGCUGCGGCAUCUCCACUGGAUACGGAGCUGCUCUCAACACUGCCAAGGUGGAGGCCGGCUCCACCUGCGCCGUGUUUGGCUUGGGAGCCGUCGGCCUGGCGGCCGUCAUGGGUUGCAAGGCUGCGGGAGCCGCCAGGAUCAUCGGCGUUGACAUCAACCCGGAAAGGUUCAAGAUGGCCAAGACGUUCGGAGCGACAGACUUCGUGAACCCAAAGGAGCAGAGCCGAGCCAUCCAGGAAGUGCUGGCAGAGAUGACGAACGGAGGAGUGGACUACUCCUUUGAGUGCAUUGGGAAUGUGGACGUUAUGCGUGCUGCCCUGGAAGCGUGUCACAAGGGCUGGGGGACGAGUGUGAUCAUUGGCGUGGCCGGUGCCGGACAGGAGAUAUCCACACGCCCGUUCCAGCUGGUCACGGGACGCACGUGGAAGGGAACAGCUUUUGGAGGCUGGAAGAGUGUGGAUAGUGUCCCUCAGCUCGUGGACGACUACAUGAACAAGAAGCUGAAAGUGGACGAGUUUGUGACACACACGAUGCCACUGGCGCAGGUCAACGAAGCGUUUGACCUCAUGCAUGCUGGGAAGAGCAUUCGAUCUGUCCUGAUCUUCUAGAGACUCUACAAGCCUCAAUUCUAACGGUCUUGGGAUCUUUCACAUUUAAUGUUGAGCAUUUAAAUUCGGGCACUUGCACGGUUUUGCUUAUGCUUUUACAUAAGCAGCAGUAAUAAAACUGAUUUAAAAAGCA